CAGACGUACACUUUAAUCUCAAUUUGCUUCCUCCUCGUGUGAGUUUGAGUGAUCACUUGCAGCGACACUUCUUCCGCACUCUGUGAGAGACUCAUGGCUCGGCGGCAACGGAAUAGUUUAUACAGUAGUGAUGAGGAAGAAGAAGAGAUUGAAAUGUUUGAUCAUGAUUAUGAUGGUCCACAACCAAAGUCUUGUAAACGCCAGUUAAGUAAAACCAGGUGGACACGUGAAGAGGAUGAAAAGCUGAAGAAAUUAGUUGAACAACAUGGAACAGAAGACUGGAAAGUGAUUGCUAAUUUCCUUCCAAAUCGGACUGAUGUGCAGUGCCAACACCGAUGGCAAAAAGUUCUGAAUCCUGAACUUAUUAAAGGCCCUUGGACAAAAGAAGAGGAUCAAAGGGUAAUAGAACUUGUUCAGAAAUAUGGCCCAAAACGCUGGUCUGUUAUUGCAAAGCACUUAAAAGGUAGAAUAGGAAAACAAUGCCGGGAACGGUGGCACAAUCAUCUGAACCCUGAAGUGAAAAAGACUUCCUGGACUGAAGAAGAAGACCGAAUUAUAUAUCAAGCACAUAAAAGACUUGGAAAUAGAUGGGCAGAAAUAGCAAAGCUACUUCCUGGAAGGACUGAUAACGCUAUCAAGAACCAUUGGAAUUCCACAAUGCGUCGUAAAGUAGAGCAAGAGGGCUAUCUGCAAGAGUCUUCUAAAAUUAACCAGCCAACAGUGACCACAAAUUUUCAAAAAAAUAAUCACAUCAUGGGUUUUGCCCAUACUCCUCCAUCUGCCCAGUUACCAACUACCCAAUCCCAAGUAAAUGGUGACUAUGCAUAUUUUCACAUUCCUGAUCCACAAGAGAUUUCUAACCAGAUGCCCUACCCAGUAGCUCUACAUAUGAACAUGGCCAAUAUUCCCCAACCAGGCACUGCGGCUAUUCAGAGGCACUAUAAUGAUGAAGAUCCUGAAAAAGAGAAAAGAAUAAAGGAAUUAGAGUUGCUACUAAUGUCGACUGAAAAUGAACUGAGAGGGCAGCAGGCAUUACCAACUCAAGCAGCAGACUACUCUGGUUGGAACGGUACUGUAGUCAUUGAUAAUGCAGGAGUUCACAACAGCAGUGUGGCCAUUACUUGCCUGGGAGAACAUCGGCAGCCAGCACAUCCGCCUCAUAUGGAUCAUGGUUGCUUGCCAGAAGAAAGUGCAUCACCAGCAAGAUGCAUGAUUCAUUCUAAUGGAAUACUCUCACCGUUGAGAAAUGUUCCAAAUUCUGAAUACACAGAAACACUUCAACUCAUAGAUUCAGAUCCAUCUACUUGGGCUGAUCUCAGCAGUUUCGACUUCCUUGAAGGGGAAGACAACACACCUAGCAAAAAUGUUACAGCCAAAAUCACGCAGCUUCAGCACAAAAAGAGCAGCGUUUGCCAGUGUGAAGGACAUACUAACACAAGCCUAAGCAAAAGCAUGGUGCGCCAGGGCUCCCCUGCUUCGCUCAGCUCACCCUCUCCUACAAAGUUCAGCACUCCGCCAACUAUCUUUCGCCGCAAAAAGAGAGGGCAUCCUAUCCACCCAACUAGUGGUGAUAGUAGUUGCUCCACUUUAGUUGACUUCAGCUGCUCUACUCCUAAACGUACCCAUGUCAAAGGCCUGCCCUUCUCUCCCUCGCAGUUUUUAAAUACAUCCACAAAUGAUCACCUAGAAAUGGAAUCUCCUGCAUUAACUUCUACUCCAGUGUGCAAUCAAAAGAUCAUUGUAACAACUCCACUACAUCGUGACCAAACACCUAAGCCUCAAAAAGAAAAUGAUGCUUUCAGAACUCCAAAUAUCAGACGAUCAAUAUUAGAAGGCUCACCUAGAACACCCACACCUUUUAAAAAUGCACUUGCUGCCCAAGAAAUUAAAUAUGGACCCUUGAAAAUGCUGACACCGUCACAUCUUGCAGAAGAGACCCGAGAUGUAAUUAAACAAGAAGCCAAUGAAACUACAAUUAUAAGUAGUCUUCAUGAAAAUGGGCAACCCCUUUUAAAGAAAAUUAAGCAAGAAGUGGAGUCUCCUGAUAAGAAAAUGAGAAAAUUCUUUACAUUGGCUCCAUGGGAAAGGGAACACUUGAAUACUCAGCUUUUUUCACAAGGACCUUUGGAAGAAGUACCUAUGCAAAAUCUCCUGACAAGUUCUGUAUUAAUGAUGCCUGUUUCAGAGAAGACCGAUGAUUUUCUUAACAAAGCAUUUGCAGUACAGAUGAGCAAGCAAAUGGGCAGUCCUUUGCAGGUAUCCCAGCUGGAUUUGAGAAGUCCCUGGACCUGGAACCCUGGUUAACUGAAAUUCUGUUCCAGCACUCCAUAGAGCCAUUUGCUAAUACCUGGGAGGCUGUGGCUUGUGGGAAAACAGAAGAUCAACUUAUUGUAACUGAACAAGCACGCAAAUACAUGAACACCUUUUCUACCAGAACAUUAGUCAUGUAAUCUUUUCCAUCUAAGCAUUAAGAAGUUUUGAAACACAUAUUGUUGAGUCAUGAUCAGCAUUUCUUCUUAUAAAGUUUCCAUUGAUGGAUGUAGGGCAAUGUUGUAUUACAAUAAUUCAGAAUGGCGCAAAUUUCAUUCUUCACUAAGCACAUUUCUGUUGUUCGUCAGGCUAGAGAGGUUGUAUGUCACCAGCCAAAAAGACAAGUAUCACAAUUACCUACAAGAUGCUUGAAGUUACAACAAUAACUCCUUGUAUUUAAAGAAGGGUUGAAUAAAUAUUUUCAGUUGUGGGCAGCAGACUGGAACAUAUCAGUAUUUCUUUUGUAUUGGGUGGCGGAAAAGCAAUUAGUCUUUGGAAGUACUUCAAGACUGAUGUAAUUUAAACGUGUAAGUUAAUAAAUUAAACGAAAUGCACUGUUGACAAAAUAGAGGUAUAGCAUUACUACAAACCAAAUUAGAUGAAAAAAAUCAAGCUUUUGAAGACAUAAAAUUGACAGGGUUUGAAGUAUUGUUUUUGUUUGUUUUUUUUGGGACUUGUUUUGAGCCAUAUAUAUUAUAUAUACAUAUAUAUAAUAUGUAUGUGCAUGUGUGUUUUUGUGUGUAGCUUGGAUAAUACUGAUACUGUAUGUAAAAAAAAAAAAAGUUUUAUGUAUGAAAAUGUAUAUUUUAUCCAGUAAGUUAAUUUUGUAAAUGCCAAAUGGAUAAUGUGUUGUGCUGCUAAAGACUUUAGCAUGUAGACAUGCUGCAUGAAAUGGGCAGUAGAGUUAUCACAGAAAAUGGUAUUAGCUGAUCAACAAUGCACUGGUAGCCGGUAUUUUUUUAAACCUAGCAUUUACAAAUACAAACCUUUGGGAAGUGAAAUGUUUUGUCUUAUUAUGACAAAAUGAAUAUGAUGCACCUUUUGUAUUUUGGGAGAACACUGAUACAUUCACUAAUUUUUUUACUUUUGUCCCAUUCAUUUCAUAUUUAAUUCAAGGCACUCUGGCCCAGAUAUAUUUUCAAUUCACUGAACAACUCAUGCAAGAAGUCUUGGUUUCAUUCUAUUGCUAUAUCAAAUGCAUCUGAUAUACAUGUACUGAACACUUGAUUUUAAAACAAAAAUAGCUGAUUUUCAAAAUGUACUACCUUAGUAUCAGUUUGGUGCAAAUCACCUGCACCAACAUUUUGAUUACUAUUGUAUAUCCACUGCCAUGUACAGAUAAUAAAAGUGUGUUUUUUUA